AAGUCAGACAUGUAGUUUUGGAAAGGAUUUUUCCUUGGUUAGCUGUGAGGAGGAGUCCGGUCAGAUGACCUGAGCUGGAUGUUUCAGCACCACGGACAGCGCACAGCCUCCCUCUGCUGUUACUGGUGCCAUGUUUGUGAUUAGGAGACAAAUAGCCCAACACAAGCAGAAAGUACGCAGUGAUGACACAGACACAGCUCACUGUGUGUGUGUGUGUGUGUAGCUCAUACAUUCACGCAUGAGCCUAAUAUCUGCAGGCACUGGUUAAAAUUGGAAUUGGAAUCGGAAUGGAAAUUAAAUUAUCUCAUUGGAGAAAUCGUGAUCCCACCAACAGAACACAGUUUACCAUUUGCACAAAUUAAAUUCCUUCCAGUCGCUGCUGCCAAUGAUUUUACUACGAGGCUGAGGGCUUUACGGCUGCGUAAAGGAAUUAAUGUUGGUGAAAGGCAAAUUAUUUCUGUCCCUGUGGGGAAUUGUUCGUUUGAUCACCAACCAAAUGCCGUCCACCCACCUUUCAGUUUAACACCACACAGCUAUAAAGUCGCUCGGACACAAUUUAAGAGUUUGAAGGCCCGAGGGUCACUGGUCAUUGGUCAGCAUGGACCCUCCCGAAGCAGCCCCCUCCUUCUCUGCCACAAAGACACCACUCAUCAUUCAACCCGGCGACUCGGCGACCAGCAGCAGGCGAGACUCUUCGGGGGGAGGAAAAAAAAACUUUUGGUCAGAGGAGCGCUUCUUAAGUCAUUUAAGCUGCUGCCUGGGCUGAUCAUUGGCUGUGUAUGGAUUAUCGAUAAGUGCAGAGAGGAACGCGCUGUUGCCAUUAAUUAUUUAUAUAUUCCCGUAAAGCUGCGGGGAUGCGAGAGAGACGCAGCAGCGGCGAGGAUCGCCCGCUCUGAACCGGAGGAGUCACGGGCAGAUGAUGUCCCAAUGUGAGAGUGCUUCCAGAGGAAACGAAGGAGAGGACGAAGGAGGAUGAAGAAGGGGGGAGAGGGAUCGAGAGCGGCAGAGGUGGAAUAUAAUGAAGUUGAGUGGGAAAGGACUGUGCACCGUCCUCUCCGGCACCCUCCUCUUCGUGUGCGCCCUGUGCGAAGUUGUCGUUGGAUUAAGAUGCGUCUCGCUGGGAUCUACGGUGAAAGCGCAUUUCCACCUCGGCUCGGCGGCCGGGGCUUUCUACUCCGGGCUACUUGUGGGAAUCGGGCAGGUCCUGCUGGGCUCCGGGCUGCUCUGUUGCAUGGAGAAGCCCGGCUGCAGGAAUUUCUUUCUCCUCGGUGUUGUGGUCUUCUUGUUGGGAGUCCUCACUGCCUUCUCCGGCGCGGUGGUGGACGGGGACACGGCUUCUCUGGUGGAGAGGAAAUAUUCCCAUUACUGCUUCCACUCUUUGGUUGUGAACACUGCCUGCGAGCAGCUGAGGGAUUACCAGCGGACUCUGGUGAUCUCCACUGUUCUCAGCACACUGGAGUGCCUCCUCGGGCUCAUCAACCUGGUGAUCAUCAAAAGGUACAAAGCAGCGCAGUUUUCUAGGAGCAGACAGUGUCAGAGGCAGAGCGCCGGGGCGAUCAUCUUCAGCGAGGAGCGGGACUGCUCCUCGGCGGAUUUCCAGCCGGUGUCUUACAUUAAUUUGGGUGUUUUUAAUGUGUUUGACGAGACAGGUGCCGAGGUGCAGUGCGGGGGACACCCGUCAAUCGAGCUGCCGGGAUACUCGCCCACGGACCCGGAGCUCAAUCAUUGCUUCCCUUUCUCCUACCCGAUCCCCAGUGAGCUGCCACCCGCAUACGAAGACAUUUUCCCCGUUGAGGCAUGCAAUACAUAGCCGCUCCGGAGCAGCCCCGACAAAGAGUCCCUCUGCUUUGACAAUCAGUGACUUUUGUGCUCAAACAACCCCACUCCUAUUCUUCUUCCAGCACCACCAACAAAAAAACAACUAGUAAGUUACACAAGAGGACAAGAGCAGUGGAUUUCAAUUCACCUGACUCCAUUCUGAUAUUUUCUUACAUCUGCUCAGUAGCUUCUAUAGCACAUCACCACUCAGACUCAUGUAGAUUUAAAAAAAAAAAAGCAACAGAUCAAAGUGAUACAGGCCCAGACAGUGCAGCCACAUCGAGGCCCAUAAACGCAACAGCUUGCUCGUAUAACAAAAGCAGAGUUUGUGUUUUGAAUGUUUGCUGUUAACGUUUUUACCUGUGAAUAAAAUGUGUGUUUAACCUCA